AAUUUAAUUCCCUAUUUUUUUAUUCCUCAUGUUCUGUUACGUGUUCCUUAUUCCUCUCGUUGUGUCUCAUUGUGCAUGAGCCCUUACAGUUUCCUUGUCGUGACGUGUCCAAUCAGAGUCGAUAGCGAGCGCAGCCAUAGAUAUAUACAUAAGCACAGCUCGUGUUUCGUGAUCGGAGCGCGUAUCUUGCCAACUUGACAGUACGUCGGGUGAGUCGGCGAAUCCGCGAAUCCGUGUGGCAACAGCGAAUGAGAGUGGGAGGGGAGAGGGACGGCAGCGUCGUCGGUGGGUUGGACGGUGGAGUGGCGUAUCGGCGUGCGUGCGAGAUUCCUGUCAGUACUCGAUCCCGGAAAAAGGAAAAGGAAACAGAAGCGGCAGUGACGGUGCUCUCGAGACAGAUUAUCCGAGAUAGGAGACAAUCGCGGGCGACGGUCAAGCACGAGCGAGUUUCGCGGGCUGCAACGCGGCGGCGGCGGCGGCGGCGGCGGUGGCAGUAGUUUACGGUGGGAGGAACGAGGGAGAGAGAGUGGGGCGACGUGCGGUGUGGCGACAGUGAGGUUGGUCGGUACGUGCAUCCGUGCUCUGAUAUCCGCUUUCAUUCUGGUGUCGUCGUUGCCAUCGGUGUCAGGGCGCAGCGUUCGGAGCUCGGUGGACCGUGUGUUCGCGCGCGGUGGCAAGCGCGAUAGUGAAUCACUAGGGAAAGCAGGGAAGAGAACGAGAGAACGCGAAAUAAAGUGUGGGAGUGAAAGAGGAGUGUGCGAGAAAGAGAGAAAGAGAGGGAGGGUGAGCGAGAGAGAGAGAGAGUGAGAGAGAAGAGAGAAAGACGCGCGCAAGGGAGAAGAGAGAGAGAGAGAGAGAGAGUGAGGGACUGAGGGCACAAUCAGGGGAAACAAUCGACGGCACGUAAUCCGACGUCUCCGUGACACGUCCGUGAAGUCCUCCGAUGUCUAGUGCUGAGGUGGCGGAGAGCUCCGUUGAUCCCCCAGCCAAGAAGCGACGCGUUGGUGCUGCCAGCACGACGGGAGGAGCCGACGACGAGCCCACGACAACUAUCAUCACAGAGAUGGACAUGGCGAAGAACGGCUCCACGAGCACCGGCAGAGGCGGCUCCGCGAGCGGCGCCGCCGCCGGCCGGGCGCCCGCCGAGAUCGACGAGAGCCUCUACUCACGGCAGCUCUACGUCCUCGGCCACGACGCCAUGCGUCGCAUGGCGUCCUCGGACGUGCUCAUCUCCGGCCUGGGUGGUCUUGGUGUCGAGAUCGCCAAGAACGUCAUCCUUGGCGGCGUCAAGUCCGUCACGCUGCACGACCACGCUCUCUGCAGACUGGCCGAUCUGGGCUCGCAGUUUUAUCUCACCGAGGCGGACGUAGGUAAAAACCGUGCGGCCGCGUGCUGCCAGCGGUUGUCAGAGCUAAACAACUACGUGCCUACCCGUCACUACUCUGGUCCGUUGAGCGAGGAUUACAUUCAGCAGUUCAAGGUCGUGGUAUUAACGGAGACACCGCUGGCUGAGCAGUUACGCAUCUCAGAAAUCACCCGUGCCAACGACAUCGCUCUCAUAAUCGCCGAUACCCGUGGCCUCUUCUCACAGGUGUUCUGCGAUUUUGGUGACACCUUUACCGUGGUGGACACGAACGGCGAGCCACCAGUGAGCGCGAUGGUCGCCAGCGUCUCUCGCGACAGCGAGGGUGUUGUCACUUGCUUGGACGAUACGCGCCACGGUAUGGAGGAUGGCGACUACGUCACCUUCUCCGAGAUACAGGGCAUGACCGAGCUUAACGGCUGCGAGCCGAUCAAGAUCAAGGUGCUGGGACCGUACACGUUCAGCAUCGGUGACACCUCCAGGUUCUCCGAAUACAUGCGUGGCGGCAUUGUUACCCAAGUGAAGAUGCCGAAAACCUUGCGCUUCACACCACUGCAGACGGCUCUGAAGAAGCCCGAGUUUCUCAUCACCGACUUUGGCAAGUUCGAUUAUCCGGAGCAGCUGCAUCUGGCCUUCCUGGCGUUGCACCAGUACCUGACCGAGAAAGGCAAGGUACCACGUUCAUGGAAUCAGGCGGACGCUGACGAGUUCAUCGCGACUACCGAGCAAGUUAAGGAGACGUAUGGUUUUGACACCGAGAUCAAUGGCGAGCUGCUGCGCAUAUUUGCCAAAGUGUCCGCCGGAGAUCUGAACCCUAUGAACGCCACGAUUGGCGGUAUCGUCGCCCAGGAGGUGAUGAAAGCCUGCUCCGGCAAGUUCCACCCCAUCUAUCAAUGGUUGUACUUCGAUGCCAUCGAAUGUCUGCCUGCCGAUCGCUCAGAGCUCACCGAGGAGGACUGUUGUCCCACGGGAUCUCGUUAUGAUUCCCAGGUGGCUGUUUUUGGCCGGAAAUUCCAGGCCAAGAUCGGUAGCUUGAAGUAUUUCGUGGUCGGUGCCGGCGCGAUAGGUUGUGAAUUGCUGAAGAAUUUCGCGAUGAUCGGCGUGGGCGCGGACAACGGUUGCGUUACGGUGACAGACAUGGAUCUGAUCGAAAAGUCCAAUCUGAAUCGACAGUUCCUGUUCAGGCCGUCAGACGUGCAGCGGUCCAAGUCUUCAACGGCAGCCCGGGUCAUCAAGGGUAUGAACCCUGACAUGAAGGUGAUCGCGCACGAGAAUCGGGUGUGCCCGGAAACGGAAAAGAUCUACAAUGACGACUUCUUCGAGGUGUUGGACGGUGUAGCGAACGCGCUCGAUAACGUGAACGCACGCAUCUACAUGGAUCGCCGUUGCGUGUACUAUCGUAAACCCCUGUUGGAGUCUGGCACUCUCGGCACCAAGGGUAACACCCAGGUGGUGGUGCCCUUCCUCACCGAGUCGUACAGCUCGUCGCAGGACCCGCCGGAGAAGAGCAUCCCAAUCUGCACGCUCAAGAACUUCCCCAACGCGAUCGAGCACACUCUGCAGUGGGCGCGUGACAAUUUCGAGGGUCUCUUCCGUCAAUCCGCGGAGAACGCCGCGCAAUACAUCUCCGAUCCGCAAUUCGUCGAACGAACGCUCAAACUGCCCGGUGUGCAGCCCUUAGAAGUGCUCGAGUCCGUGAAGACAGCGCUGGUAGAAGAAAGGCCGACCACGUUUGCCGACUGCGCGGCGUGGGCCCGCUGCCACUGGCAGGAGCAGUACAGCAAUCAGAUCCGUCAGCUGUUAUUCAAUUUCCCACCGGACCAGGUGACUUCGAGCGGUCAGCCCUUCUGGUCCGGCCCGAAACGCUGCCCAGACUCGUUGACCUUUGACGUCAACGACCCCUUGCACAUGGACUACAUCGUCGCCGCCGCCAAUCUCAAGGCCAAGGUUUACGGCAUACCCACGAACUGCGAUAGAGAGGAGAUCGCCGCGACCCUGGCUACUGUCAGGGUGCCUGAAUUCGCGCCAAAAUCUGGUGUAAAGAUCGCCGAGACAGACUCACAGGUGCAAGUGUCAAAUGGCAGUGGUAAUAUCGAUCACGAGCGGCUAGCGCAGCUGCAGGAGGAGUUGCCGAAGGUGGAAGACUUGAACGGCCUGACAAUCUAUCCGCAAGAAUUCGAAAAGGACGACGACACCAACUUCCACAUAGACUUCAUCGUUGCGGCAUCGAAUUUACGCGCCAUUAACUACAAGAUCUCGCCGGCCGACCGGCACAAGAGCAAACUGAUCGCUGGCAAGAUCAUCCCUGCAAUCGCCACCACUACCUCGGUGGUGGGUGGUCUCGUCUGCCUGGAGUUGUACAAGCUGACGCGCGGUGUGCGCGAUCUGUCGCUCUACAAGAACGGCUUCGUGAAUCUGGCGCUACCGUUCUUCGGCUUCAGCGAGCCGAUCGCCGCGCCGAAGCUCAAGUACUACGACAUCGAGUGGACGCUGUGGGACCGCUUCGAGGUGAAGGGCGAGCUGACGCUGAAGGAGUUCCUCGACUACUUCAAGGAAAAUCACAAUCUCGAGGUGACCAUGCUGUCGCAGGGCAUCUGCAUGCUCUACUCGUUCUUCAUGGCGAAGCUCAAGUGUCAGGAGCGCAUGGGACUGCUCAUGUCGGAAGUAGUGAAGAAGGUGUCGAAGAAGAAGCUAGAACCCCACGUGCGCGCUCUCGUGUUCGAGCUGUGCUGCAACGACGAGGACGGGAACGACGUCGAGGUGCCGUACGUGCGCUAUACCUUGCCCUGACUCGCCCGCGCGAUCCCCGACCGCGCCAGAUGAUGUUUACUUAACUGAGACACUUAGCCGUACAUAGUGAUUUCUACAAAUUUCUAUUUUACGACGAUGUAACGCACGAAGGAGACGUCACUGCAGCUGAUCCUCGUCUAUGAACGUCUAUGUGAGGCACUCUGUCUGUUUUUUGUUUUUUUUUCCGUUUUUUGCCUGUGCAUCCAAGACGCAGAUCUUUACGCGUUUCUACCGCCAGCGCUUAGUAGUAGUGGACUUUAAGCAGCGAGUGCGCGCGAUAGCGAGAUCGAUUCUUCGUUUCGGUUUAGAAUAAGAUUCGUGUGCGAGCUUCGUCGCCAGGCUUUUCGGGAUCGAGUCGUUGCAAACGUUACACGAGUGUUGGAUUGCGAUAUCAGAAGCGGAAAAUUCUGCGAUUUGUUUCCUGUCCAUUGAUUGUAUCUCCAUUGUCUCUUCAUUAAAAUUAUUCUGUGGUAACAAAAAUCUUUUCUUUUAAAUUGUUGACGAUUUAGGAUAAUUAAGACAUAAAUUCGCUACAAUCACAAAUCAAUUAUUCGCAUUUCUGUAUUUUUUAAAUUAAAUCAAAAGGAUCAUUCUGAUUAUUUUGAAGUGAAUCUUGCACAGAUCCAUUUGGACAUACACGAACAUAAAUUGCGCUGGCUUUAAUUAAAUAUCGCAACGAUUGCAACGGCGAAGCUGCAAAGUUUGGGGACUCAGACUCAUCCCCGAUGAAAUCCGAAUUUCUCUCUUCGCUCCGUUGUAUCUCACUUGGACCCGUUUGCUCGCGAAACGCUCGAGGGCGUCGCGAUCGAACGGAGAAGGGAGAAACAUAGCGCGCGAAAUGAAAUUUCCACGAGGAGAAAAACAUGUAACGUUUAUAAACAGUUCGAUUCACGUAGCGAGUCAUUAAAACGGGACGGUGAUUCUUUUUUCUAGCUCACGUACUCCGCUCUAUUUGUAUAGAAUCGAAUAAUAUAAAUUUAAAAAC